AUGUAUUCCAAGCAUCCCCUUGAGGGUAACAAGUACAUAGCUCGCGUGGGGAUUCAGGCGCCGGACCUGCAGGACGAUUCAAGGCCCCUGAACGUAACCCUGGUGCUUGAUGCCUCAGGUUCCAUGGCGGACGGGAACCGCAUUGAUAUUGCCAGGCAGGCUGCCGAGAGUAUCAGGCAAAGCCUUCGGCCCCAGGACAGCAUAGCUGUCGUUCACUUCAGCGACGUGGUUCUAAAUGGACUGACGGUGAGACACACCAGCCCUGGAGAUGCUGGAAUCUUGCGGUCUAUACAACGGCUUCAGCCCGGGGGCGCCACCAACGUACAAGCGGGACUUAACCAGGGCGUACAACUGGCCGAUGACGCCCGGCGGCGGCGGCCCGACGCCAUCAACUACGUCAUACUGAUGUCGGAUGGAGUGGCCAAUGUGGAUGCCACCAACCCCUUUGCCAUCUUGGAAACGGUGGGGGACUCCAACAAUCAGAAUCCUCUGCGGCUUGUGACCAUUGGUGUGGGCAUCGCGAACUAUAACGAUUACCUUCUGGAGCAGUUGGCCCAGCACGGCAACGGCUGGUACCGGUACCUGGACAAUGUCCAGCAGGCUCAAACCACUUUCAGUGAAGCCAACUGGCUGAACCUGGCUAUCCCGUUUGCCGACCAGACUCGCGCCCAGGUCAGCUGGGACCCGAGCAUGGUACGGACCUGGCGAAUCGUUGGUUACGAGAACCGGGUGGCCGCCGACGUAUUGUUCACCCAAGACCGGAAGGAAUUCGCAGAGAUACCCUCGGGGACGGCAACCACCGUGUUUUACGAACUGGAACUGACCGACCAGGUUUUCCAGCGACAGGCCAGCACAGCGAAAUUUGGAGAUAUCGAAAUCCGUUGGGUAGAACCUGGCAGCGGCGCAUCCAGGGAACAAUAUGGUGUUGUGUCGGGGCACUGGAGACAGGAAUUCGAUACCCUGGGCGAUCCCCUGCUCAAGUUGGGGGUGGUGGUGGCGUUGGCCGCGGACCGUUACAGCGGCCUUCCUUACUCAGGCUAUGUGGGCUAUUCCGAUGUGAACUGGGAACUGUCAGAUCUGCAGCGGCGUCUGCGACUGCUCCAGGGGCAAUUGGGUCAUCUGACAGCUUACCAGGACUUCACGCUGAUUUUGGACCACAUGACUCGUUUCGUCCCCCCUGAACCACCCAGACCCAGUGAGUCCGGCUACAGUCCGUAG